AUGUUUGAGGAUGCCCUUUCACAACUUGUCGAUAGGGGUUUCUGUUCGAUUGUCUGUGAUCUACGGUCAACUGGUUUGAAGAAGCCAACUAGAGCUAUGUGUCAAGCAGCUUGGUCUACGUUGGUCAAGGGUACUGCCAAUGAGGGUUCUCCUGUUCCUCUGGCGGAACAUUACACUCCUUCACAUCUAGUGUAUCGCCAUCUACAUCCUACUACACCGUGUAGGGUGGUGUUCGACUUUAGAGACCUAAACCGCUUCUCUAAUCGUGGUGGCUAUCCUCAGAACUCUCUAGCCGGUUGCCUCCUUGCUAUUCGAUCCUAUGAGUAUUUCAUAGCUGGAGAUCUAUCUAAGGCAUUCUGUAGAAUGUCCUCUAGUAUUAAGGAUGUUCCAUAUGUUGGCUACACUUGUAUCGGACCAUACAUUGUUCUAUGGUCCCGUGUAGCCUUUGGCUCUACAGCAGCGCCUAAUCAACUUGACGCUUCUAUGGAAGAUGUGAUUAAUGAGAUCAAGGCAUUGUCCAAGCUGGCUUCUACAGUUGAAGCUCCGGUUACUCGUCUAUGUGAUAUUGAGCCUCAUUUGGUUGAGCGUUGUCUACUGAGAUCUAGCACUGAGGCCUUCUCCUAUCUACAGGGUUGUCCACCGGUCCCCAAGGAGAUCACACUGAUCAAGUUUGUCGAUGAUGUCUAUACCGGUGGAUCUAACAAGUCUAGAGUUACAUCAAGCUAUGACUUCAUUACCUAUAUCUCUAAUGGUCACGACUUCGUCAUUGAACCUAAGAAACGUUUUAACAGUUGGGAGCCUGUGAUGGUCAACGAUGUCGAAGAACGACGCCAUCUACUUGGUUAUGACUAUUCUGCUGUCGAGGAUUCCUUCUACCCUACUUUCAGUGGUGGUCAACUUCAAGGGAAUCCUAUGACCAAGCGACAGUCUUGUGCGGUACUGGCAAGCUUCUACGAUCCAUUAGGUCUAAUAGUGGAGCACGAUAUGUCUGCGAGAUCUAUCUGGCGUAGUAUCAACAAGUCCACUACUGAGUGGGAUUCAACUAUACCUUCUAGUCUCAAGGAUGAAGUCUGUACGUGGGCACACUAUCAAUGA